UUGGCAGGUCCUGUUCGUAUUAUCGUGGUUCUCCUCACAGUGGGCCUGACAUGGAUUUUGGCAGGAAUUAUGUUGGGAGGACAGGGCGGCUUCCCGAGGUUACAACAAAUUCUAGGUGGUCCCGAAGUGAGCACUACAGCUGACCCACGUCCUAGGAGGUUCAAGUGUGGUUUACCACAGCCGUGUCCUGAGAAACAUUUUGCCUUCCGAAUGGUGAGCGGAGCAGCAAAUGUCAUUGGGCCCAAGAUCUGCUUUGAAGAUAAAAUGUUGAUGAGCAGUGUCCAGAACAACGUUGGCCGAGGCCUGAACAUUGCACUUGUUAAUGGAGUGAGCGGGGAGCUUAUUGAAGCCAAAUCUUUUGACAUGUGGGAUGGAGAUGUGUCUGAGCUGUUGAAUUUCCUGCGGCCGAUCCAUGAAGGCACACUAAUACUACUGGCAUCUUAUGAUGAUCCUGCUACAAAAAUGACAGAGGAGGCUCGGAAGAUGUUUGCUGAGCUUGGAAGCUCUGUGUCCAAAGAGGUGGCAUUCAGGGAUAGCUGGGUUCUUCUGGGAGCCAAGGGAGUCCUGGAUAAAACUCCAUUUGAACAGUUAAUAAAGAACAGUAAAAGCAGCAACAAGUACGAGGGUUGGCCUGAGGCUGUGGAGUUGGAGGGCUGUGUGCCCCAACGUACUAUAGAGUCUGAAUAG